UGUCAGCGACACAUGUAGAGCGAGCGGGACCAGAGAGAGACCGAGAGAGAGAGAGAGAGAAACCAGACCGGAGGACGGUCAAUUAUAGCCUCUCUGCCAAGCCUCGUUAUUUCGUCUGCUCCUUCUCCCUCCUUCAUUUUUUUUUCUACUUCUUCUUCUGCGAAAAAACAACACGCACUUCUUCUUCUUCUUCUUCUCGGUUUCUGAAGGAACACUACAGCGAGAAGCACGCCUCUUUUUUUUUUUCUCCUUUAUUAUUUUUUUUUUUGUGGCAAUGGACUCCUCUUGUUCGGGCGACAAAACGAGCAGCGAAGCAGCGGCAGUCAAACGGGAACCGUCCAGUGGAAAUACUAUCUGAUAACUCCAUUUGCUCUCGCUGCCUUGUUUUUGUUUUUUUUGUUGUUUUUUUCUUUCUUCCGUCCGUCCGCCCGCCGGGGGUGUUGAAAACAAACCAACCCGAGCUCGCAGAGGGGUUCGAGCCGUUGGAGAGAGGAGGCCGACCGCGCGCGAUAGUGUGUCCGCAUUUCACCUGUACUUUUCCCCGGGACUGUUGCAGCUCUCCCCCCCUCCUCCACCUCCACCUCCUCCACCUCUUCACCUGUUUACGUUCCUGCGCCUCCACUCGUUAACUUUACAGCCAUUACACUCAAGAGAGACAAACGAGGGACAAUGGUGAAUCCUGGAGGCAGCAGCCAGCCACCACCGGUGGGCACAGGUUCUCUGUCCUGGAAGCGGUGUGCAGGCUGCGGGGGCAAAAUCGCAGACCGUUUCCUCCUUUACACCAUGGACAGCUACUGGCACAGCCGAUGCCUCAAGUGUUCCUGCUGCCAGGCCCAGCUGGGCGAAAUCGGCACGUCGUGCUACACAAAAAGCGGCAUGAUCCUGUGCAGAAACGACUACAUCAGAUUAUUUGGAAACAGCGGAGCUUGCAGCGCCUGUGGUCAGUCCAUUCCAGCCAGUGAACUGGUGAUGAGGGCGCAGGGCAACGUGUACCAUCUCAAGUGUUUCACAUGUUCCACCUGCCGGAACCGGCUCGUCCCCGGGGAUCGGUUCCACUACAUCAACGGCAGCCUGUUCUGCGAACACGACAGACCCACAGCACUCAUCAACGGCCAUUUGAGUUCACUGCAGACGAACCCGCUACUGCCCGAUCAGAAGGUGUGUUAGGCAGGAGCCGCACAGGAAGCAGGAUGUGUGCCUUCAUUUUAGCCCUUACUCAUUGUCACCCGAGACAGCGUGGAUCAGCAGCACCCCGGCCUUUUUAGCUGUGCUCCCAGGCCCUUUGCCCCACAGGAAUCCUCCAGCCCAUCUCACCAAGUAACCUGACUUUUUAUUUCUGCAACCCCAUGCCCAACACACUCAGCCUUCAGCCGCGGCUUUUUUCCCCAAAUACGGGCGGAUACUUGCACUUAACGCACCUGAAUCAGGACGCUGAGGACUCCAUGACCUUGGAUUAAGUAAAAAAAAAAAAAAAAGAAAAGAAAAGAGAAAGAGACCGGUCAAAAUCCAAGGGGACUCUUGAGGAAGAGAAAAUUAAAUAACACACACACGAGAGGAUGUUGUGACUGAAGAGAGGGAAAAAAGACUAUUGAGGUUAAAGAGGUGCAGACUUUUUAACUCUGCAUAUUUGUUUAAAAGACAUUUGGGGGGAAAACCGGGAACUUUUCAUUUUUUCCUCUAUUCCUUUUCUAUCGUCAUUUCCCAGCAACAUGGUGUUUCCACUUUCUAUAUUUUAAGUGUUGUCAAAAGGGGAAUGUGUUUUGUUUUUUUUUUCCUUUUUUCUUUUGGUGGUAUAUACAUAUAUAUAUUAAAAAAAGGGGGUUUUAAAAAAACUGUGGCUUUUUGUGGAAAAACAAAUCAUGAACACUCUCUUGGUGUAUUUGUAAAACUACCAUGUAUGUACAGUAUGCAUGUAAAUGUUGUUGUCCAGGCGUGGCUACAGUACAUCUGAACCCUCCGCACUCAGCUCCAGUCCUCCCUCGUCCCCCUUCCAAAAACCCUGAACCCAUGGAAAACCUGAAGAAAAUGUGCUCAUAGUCAGUAAUGUAGAGAUCAUCACCAACAUAUAAAUGCUGAACGAAAGAGAAAUUUAUUUGUGAUAUUUUCCGAGACAUUUGCUCCAGUAUGGUGUAUUUAAUUAAUAAAAAUAUUGAAGAUUUAAAAA